AUGAAUCUCUUCGAGGCUACAAAACCACUCAACAAUCGCCAGAGUGUCAGCAUCUCCGACUAUUUCUUUCUCAACAACUCCGACACGCCCACCCAUCUUGCAAACUGUACAUUCCACGUUCUUCCACCAAAGCAAGAGUACAAGAUUACUGUCCCUCCACUCGCCAGGCAUUUCGUCUUCAUGCUCUAUGGAAGCGGAUCCAUCUACCACCUCUCGGGAGGAAAGGACUUGGAGCAGUGGGAUUGUUUCGCCUAUGCACCUGUCAAGGGAAACGGAGAGAAACAUAGCGAGCGGUCAUACACUCUCGUGGGCGGAAAGGAGGGAGGAGGCGUAUUGAUCCUCAACGACAGCUUGAAUGUGAACAAAGGAGAUAUCGAUCCAUCUCCGCCAGAAAGCCCAACAAUCGUGUCCUCGUACGAAGUCACGACCUGGUCUGGCUCUGGUGUAGAGACGAAGAAAAAGGCUACCCUCACAGGUCUAUCCGACCUCGCACGUCCUCUGCGAAACUUUACUCGCACCCCAAACCCAGAAUCACCACCGCCUCUUCCCUGGAACGCCACGCUCGAAGUCCUCUUACCAGGAACACAAACAUCCUUCCCACACGCACACUCAACCGAGGACGAACUCGUCAUCGUCUUGGCGGGAAAGGCCAGAUACUGGUGCGACGGUGAGGAGCCAGAGAUGACGCUGGUCGCUGGAGACGUCGUCGCUUGGAAGGCUGGGACGGGUCUGUGCCAUGCGAUACUCAACGAUGGCGAUGGCCCAGGAGGUUCAGGGUCGAAUGUCGUUCUUUUGACGAUUGGCGAAAACAAACCAGAGACGGACAAGCUAUUCUAUCCGACAAAACUCAAACACCGCAGACACGAACAUUGGUGGUGGAAAGACGUGCCACAGCAUUCGAUUGGAGGCGCGUCGGAUACACCCCAUUAUCCACGUACACAGGACAUGGAAUACCCGACUUGGGAGACAAAGGCUAGGAAGAAAUAUGUACGGAGCGACGAGGAUAUGGAAUUAUGA